AUGCUCUCUCAUCAUGACUCGACCAUCAUCUCGGCGCAUACAUGCUUCCACUUCCCGCUCUGGAUCUGCUUGAUGGUUCACAUCCAUCGUCUCGCUUUGCGGCAUCUUUGAGCAAUCUUGUACCUUUCCUGCUUAGUCUCGCAAGAAGUGCGUACUGACUGUGCCCAAGAUGGCUGCUCGCGAAGCGUCAGUCCACAGGGCCGACCUGCCAAGCGACGUGUCAGCUCGCAUAGGUCGACCCCUCUCUGAUCUUCCGACGCCGAGCUGCGUGGUGGAUGUACAUCCCAUGCGGAGCAACAUUGCUAGAAUCUAUACUCUGUACGCUUCCACUUCCGGCAGGAUCGGUAUUCGCUGGCACCUCAAGACGCACAAGACCUGGCAAGCUACAAGGGAGAUGCUGAGGCCGGCGUACGCCGAUGAGCAAGGCACCAACAGGCGUGACGCAGUAGCUCUGGCGGCCGAGACUUGCGAUGAUGCGAGAGGGACUGAUCGAGCGAUCGUGUCUACUCUAGCAGAGCUGCAAGGACUCCUCACAGACGGCAUCGUCAAUGGCGCCAAAUCUAGCAUCCUAAGUCAGGUGCUGUAUGGUCUGCCACUUUCCCCGGGUCGCAUCCCGCGACUUGCGGCCAUCAGAGCAGAGUACAAGCGUGCAUUCGGCAGCGCGGUAGAGAAAGAGAACGGCACCACCAAGGGAAAGCCGACCGAAGUUCAGAUCUUGCUGGACGAUGUGCAGCAAAUCGAAGCUCUCGAGGCGUUCACCAAACAACAGCAACCCAGUGCUGACCAGCCUUGGCAGGCCUUUAUCAAGGUAGAUUGCGGCUACCGUCGAGCAGGCGUCCCAUUCGAAACAAAUCAGCUAACAAACGUCUUGCACAAAGCGCUUGCUUCUCCCGCUAUCCACCUGGUGGGCUUCUAUACGCAUGCAGGUCAUUCCUACGGCUCCAGAUCCCACUCUGAUGCCUCGUCAAUGCUAUCGACCGAGAUCAAUGCCGUAUCUUCCGCAGCCAAAGAGGCGCAUUCCAUCUUACGAUCAUCCAGCUCGUCAGCUUCCAGACAUCCUAAUCAAUCGAUCGAGCAAAUUUUCACCCUAAGUGUGGGAGCCACGCCUACAUUCCACGCGGGUAGGGACAGCUCUUCUUCGGUCUGGAACCAAAUCCUCUCUUCACUCCCUCCGAGCACAUCUUUGGAGCUUCACGCGGGCAACGCACCCUUCUUGGAUCUCCAACAAGUAGCUACGCGUCUGAACGAUCCGGACGCCAUUUCGCGCUGCGCAGUGACGGUGCUCAGCGAGAUCAUCUCCGUCUAUCCGCGACGUCGCCCACAAGUCCUGUCUCUGUCUUCUGAGGAGGCCAGCCACCAAGCCGAGCAAUCGUCCGAAGGGUACUGGGACGAAGCUCUGUGCGAUGCGGCAGGCACUGCGUUGAGCAAGGAUACGGGCCCAUUUAGCGGUCAUGGACACGUCUACUAUCCCAAAGAUUUGAGGGGUUGGAAGCUGGACCGCAUAUCGCAGGAGCAUGGUGUGCUCGCUAUCAGGGACGGACAAGUGGAGGAGUGGGAAAGGGAAUGGGGUGUGGAUGUUCAAAAGGAGAGGGGCAAGUGGAUCAAGGGAGCUCCGAGAGCAUUCAAGGUCGGCGAAAAGAUCAGAAUUGUACCUCAACACGCUUGUAUGGUAGCAGCAGCCCACGAAUUUCUCUACGUCGUCGACUCCUCGGACCAGUCAGGCGGCGGUACCAUAGCGGAUGUGUGGAGACCUUGGAAAGGAUGGUAGAAAGGUGGAACACGCGCGAGAAUGAUCAAUCUCGAAGACGUUGAAGAACACCAACUCUCAUUGACUGGCCAUCGUUCGUGAUGAAGAGCAUUCGCGUAAGAUGUGCACAUCUCACGC